CUUACAUACUCACUCUUUUUCUCAAAUUAAUAAAACACCUGCUGCUGCAAUACUUAUAAUCAGCCUGCUAUCGCACAAUCAAGAUCAUGAAGUAUUUAACAGUCGUGAUAUGUGUUUUCUCGUUUAUGCUUCUCCUCAUGAUCCAGGGAAUAUGUCCAGGUGCGGCGGCGGAAGGGCUGAGGGUAGAAGAGAAGAAGAAAACAUGUCUGUACAAGAGCAAAAAAUUCGGCGGAAUUUGCAUUGCUGGUGCUAAAUGUGAUAGCGUUUGCAAGCGUGAGGGGUUUCAAGGCGGAAAAUGCCGCGGCCUCCGUCGCCGCUGCUAUUGCUUUAAACCUUGCUAGCGCUCUCUCUCUCUCUCU